AUGGCAGAGGGCAUAGCAUUUUCCAUCGUUGGGAAGCUUGCAGAAUACACAGUCGAUCCAGUUUUGCGCCAAAUCAAGUACUUGUUCUUCUUCAACAGUAACAUUCAGGAUUUGCGAAAUAAAGUUCAAGAACUUGAAAAUAAGAGAAAUGACGUGAAACUACAGGUUGGUGCCGCCGAAAGAAAUAAUGAAAUCAUCGGGGAAGAAGUUUCGGCAUGGUUGCUAAAGGUCGAUGACUUAAAGGAAAAAGCUCAUGAAGUUUUGAACAGUGUGGCAGGUUCUGAAAUGCGGUGUCUAUUCAAUAGAUGUCCAAAUUUGAAGUCCCGUUACUUAUUAAGCAGGAGAGCCACAAAGAAGACUAUUGAGGCUGAUAAGCUCAAAGUGGAAGGUACAUUUGAGAGGGUGAGCUAUCCUCGACCUCCGGUGCAAGUGUUGAACCUAACUUCCCAUCAGAGUUUCGAAACAAGGUUAUCAACUAAGGAGCAAAUCAAGGAAGCUCUAAAGGAUAAAGAUAUCAGCAUAAUUGGGAUAUGUGGCAUGCCUGGAGUUGUUAAGAUGUCUUCUUGUAAUGCAAUUAGAAGCUUGUUUCCAGAGUCAGUUGCAAACAGAUUGGUAAAUCUCCAAAUUCUAUUCAUAUUGAAAUGUGUGAUGUUAGAGGAAGUUGUUUCAACGGACGCACGAGAAAAUGAAGUUACCAAAACUUGCAAAAUGCUCGAGUUUCCAAAACUGAAAAAAGUCAGGCUGGUGAAUUUGAGUAGAUUUAAGAGCUUCACAUCUCAAUCAAAUAGCGGUGUUGUUCAUCAAACAUUGUUCAAUCAGGUCAACUUUCCUAACAUGGAUUUGCUGCGUGUUGAUGGGUUCGAUUGUAUAGUAAAGCUACUAGGCAAGGAAAUGCCAAUAACAUCUCUGCAUAAACUAACAGACAUGCGGGUGCUUGAUUGUUCUAAAUUGCUGACUAUUGCAGAAUCUGAUUCAAUUCAGUUACUGCAAAAUCUUGAAAGACUUCGUGUGCGUGGAUGUAAUGCACUUGAAGUAUUGUUUGAUUUUGAGGGUAUAAAUGUCACUAAUGAUGAUGCAGAAAUUAAUAUGCUUGGUCGAUUAACAUCAUUGUGGCUGCGCUCACUACCAAAAUUGGUGCACAUUACAAGGAUGGUUCCAAAAGAAAUUCGUGUCUUCCAAAAUUUAAAAAAUCUCAAUGUUUAUGCUUGUGAGAACUUAAGAUACUUAUUUUCACCUUCAAUAGCCAAUUCUCUUGUGGUUCUGGACUUUCUAAAGGUUUCAAAUUGUGAAUCAAUUGAAGAGAUUAUUGGAAAAGAAGAAGAAGGCACUUUAGAGAUUAAAACAGUUGAAGGAAUGAAAACCAUAAUUGUGUUCCCUAAUAUGAAACGUCUACAACUCGAGGAUCUUUCAAGUAUUCAAAUGUUUUGCUCUCAGAACUAUGAACUUGUGUUCCCUUCAUUAGAGGAUUUGACCAUUGAACAGUGCCCUGAGAUGAAAAAAUUGAGUCCACGGCCACUAAGUGCACCAAAGCUUAGUAAACAUACAAGAGAACAUUACCAUUUUUUUGAUAUUUCCGAUUUGUUGGAUGAGUCAGGUAUGUGA